AAAUAAACGUGGUGCAAAAAUCAAAACAAACUAACAAAAUAUAAAAAAGUUAAUUAUUAGAAGCAAUGGAAGUCGAUACAAAUGAUGAAUACUUUACCAGUUAUGAAAACCUUGAAAUACACGAAAUAAUGUUAACUGACACAGCAAGAAAUGAAGCAUAUAGAAAAGCGAUUACAACAAACUCCUCGUUGUUUAAUGGUAAAGUUGUACUCGACGUUGGAUCAGGCACUGGAAUAUUAUCGAUUUUUGCAGCUCAAGCCGGUGCUUCGCAAGUGUUUGCUGUUGAAGCAUCGAAUCUUGCUAAACUUUCUCAAGAAAUAAUCAAGGAAAAUAAUUUUGAAAAUGUUAUCAAAGUUUUUAAUUGUAGAAUUGAAGAUUUUCAAUUACCAGAAAGUGUUGACAAAGUUGACAUAAUUAUCAGUGAAUGGAUGGGUUUCUAUUUACUACACGAAGGAAUGCUUGAUUCUGUUCUUCUGGCACGUGAUAGAUUUUUGAAACCAGGGGGAUUAUUAUUUCCUGACCGAGCAAUUCUGUAUUGUUCUCCAUGUAACUUACCAACACAUUUCGACAACUGGGACAACGUCAGUGGAGUUAAAAUGUCAAAAUACGCUGAAUGUUUAAGGAAACAAAAAUCAAGUAAACCGGAAAUUAUAAAUAUUGAUAAGGAUUGCUUAAUUGCUGAUGAUAUCGUUAUUGCAUUUCUCGACCUGAGUGACAUUUCAACAACAGAACUCAAUAGAAUCGACUUCAAUGAAGUAAUUAUUGCUAGAAAAUCUGGAAAAUUUCAAGGCCUUUGCAUUUGGUUUGAUGUUUUAUUUCCUUGUGGUGAUGACAAUGAGGAAGAAGUGAUUCUUUCUACUCAUCCGCAAGCGCAGUCAACUCAUUGGAAACAAACAAUUAUUCCUCUGCCAUCAAACAUUGAAACUUUUGAACCUUUGGAUCCGAUUGCAUUUAAACUGAUUGUUCAAAGAAAUCCUGAAAAUUCCAGACAUUAUCAUCUGCUCUUAGAGAUUUUAGAUGCAAUGAGUGACGAUGUUCAGCAUCCUCUACCAUGCGAAUGUCACAUGACCAAAUGUAUUCUCACAAAAGCUCAUCUUGCUAACAUGACUGAUUCAAAUGGAUUUGAAAAUGCUUAACUUUCUCAAACAUAUUUGAUUGAUGUUAUCAUUUAUGAUCAAGAUUAAUUAAAAAAUUGUUAUUGAUCGGAAAUAAAAGAAUUUCACUUUUUUUAAUCA